CGGUAAUCCAGGCAGAUGGGGAGUUAGACGGGGAUGUUGGACAUCGUGUUGGAGUGGCUUGGGCCAAAUGGCGGUUGGCCUCAAGGGUGUUGUGUGACCCGAAGAUUUCUCCCAGGAUGAAAGGUAAGUUCUACCGAUCCGUAGUCAGACCUGCUAUGUUAUACGGGGCAGAAUGUUGGGCGGUUAAGAAGACUCAUGUGCGUCGUUUGCAUGCGGCGGAGAUGCGGAUGUUAAGAUGGAUGUGUGGGAAGACAAGGUUGGAUAGGAUUUCGAACGAAGUUAUCCGACGUCAAGUUGGCAUGGCGCCGGUGGAGGAUAAGUUGCGGGAAGCGAGGUUGAGAUGGUUUGGGUAUGUGAGACGGCGAGAUGUUGUUGCUCCUGUGCGGAGGUGCGAGAGGAUCACGGUUAUCGGGGGAAGUAGGGGAAGGGGUAGACCUAGGAGGAAUUGGAAGGAGGUGAUUAGGCAGGAUUUAGGACUUCUCACCCUGACUGAGGAUAUGGCCUUAGAUAGGAACCUUUGGAAGACUAGGAUUAGAGUAGCUGGUUAGGAGCUCGGUGCUGUAGAGGUUGAGCCGGGGGUCUCUUGGAAACAGCCUCCCUACUUUCAAAUAGGGGCAAGCAAAAUGGAUCUUUAAAUGUCUGCGCUUCUUUAAUUAAUGAAGUAGCAGAUAGUCACACAAUGCAACUUUCGACGCUGAGCCAGGGGUCUAUUGGGAAACAGU